AUGACCCCCGAAGAGUUGGCAAAACGCGAGGAAGAAGAAUUCACUACAGGUCCUAUGUCUGUCCUGACUCAAUCUGUCCGUAACAAUACUCAAGUGCUGAUCAAUUGUCGUAAUAACAGAAAACUUUUGGCAAGAAUCAAAGCUUUUGAUCGACAUUGUAAUAUGGUGUUAGAAAAUGUACGAGAAAUGUGGACUGAGUUACCUAAGACUGGCAAGGGCAAGAAGAAGGCAAAGGCAGUUAGUCGUGAUAAGUAUAUUUCAAAAAUGUUUCUACGUGGUGAUUCAGUAAUUUUAGUUGUGAAGAACCCUAAAGAAGCUGUUCGUCAACAACCACCAGCUCCUUGA